AAGUUUAUCCUGAUUCGACUUAAAUAUAUUUUCACCGAAUCCUGUCUACACGAGUCAGAUUUACACGCAAGGAUAUAAUUACAUGCAAAUGUUUUCUAUAGUUAUAAUAAAAGCUACAUGUCGGACCCGUAGACUUUACGAAGAUCGUUGCGGAUCUGAGAUUUUGCCUUUCAAGCAUUCUUGGUCGCCUCGCUCUCGAAGCUCACUGCAACAUGGAGCUCACCCUGCUCGCGGUCGCGGUCGCGGUCGCAGGACUAUCCUAUAUCCCACUCGUUCAGUGUGAGAAGCAGGUCAUAGAUGGAAUAUCCAGCUGUGGAAAUGCAUGGAUGCCCAGAGAUAACGUCACUAUUGCGCAAGGAACAGACACGCGUAGGGGAUACAGUACGGCGGUGCAAGCCUUUUGUAGCGCAGCGAAUGGGCAAACAGUAAAGCCUAGCGGAUAUCUCUCCCUCGCAACGGAAGUCUUCCUUAACGACGGGAAGGAUCCCGCUACUCACGGUGUUCUAGGAUUUGUAUACUUCGAGGUUCACAAUAAACAAAGCUCGGAUCAUACUAUUUCAGUCGAGGAUUGUGAGAAAUACCUCUUGGCACUUAGCGCCGACGGUGGCCAAUGUUCUGGAGAGCAAAACCACGAUACCAAAGGUGGCACUUGGCAAGUUGGGAAUAAUGGCGUCUCGUACCAUGCUCUGGGAAACGAGAUACCGCCCAAACAAGACGCCGUCAACAAAUUGUUUUCCGGCUCGGCUUUGGGAGCGCAAAGUGUUAAUAAAGGAUCUGGCCCACCCCUGAACCCCUGGCCGCUAGAUUCUGUGAAUAGCGUCAAGCCUACAAACUGCCAUAGCCAUAACGACUAUACGCGAAACAUCCCCAUAUAUUCGGCUUUGAGUGCGGGGUGUAUUGGGAUCGAAGCCGAUGUCUGGUAUUCUAACGGAGACGUUAUUAUCGGCCAUAUCCUUCCAACUCCUGGAAGGACUUUAACAGUGCAGUACACCCAGCCGCUGCGAGCAAUACUAGACCACAACAAUGGCGGCUCGCCUGGAGAUGUUGGCCUGUAUAAGGCCAGCCCUGAACAGAGCGUUACGCUGCUUGUAGAUUUCAAGACCUCCGAUACCCAGACUCUGGAUGCUGUCGUCAAGGCACUCCAACCCCUCCGAGAUGGCGGAUACCUCAGUCACCUCGAUGGGGGCAAGUUCGUUGAGAGACAGAUCACAGUUGUCGCUAGCGGGAGUGCUCCGUUUGACCGCAUCAACUCAGGCGACGGUAUCCCCAACCGAGACGUAUUUUUCGAUGCUUACGUGGAUCAUUGGGACAGCAAAUUCACCAACCAGAAUUCCUACUACGCCUCGGCCGAUUUCGAAGACGCCGUUGGAAGCCCAGGCAGCGUAAAUGACUUCAGUCAGGACCAAAAGAGUACAGUCCAAUCGCAGGCUGACAAAGCUCAUUCGGCAGGUCUUAAAGUGCGAUACUACAAUUUGCCGGGAGAUUAUCUUUGGGAGCCCCUCGCAGCUCUUGGUGUAGAUCGGUUAAAUGCCGAUGAUAUGUAUGACACGGCUAGGCUUCCACGGGCAUAGCAUGAUUUAGGAUUUAUGAAUCUCUGUAAAUAGUUACCUAUACGAUAUGAUUUUGGAUAAGAGAAAUCUUCGGGGGUAGGGUAUAUAGGUUAAUGGAGGGGAAUCUCCAGAUUGGUCCCGACGAAACGGAACCCGAUUCGAAUCCCAGCAACACUAGACUUUUUCCGGUUUAUUCAAUCCUAUUUAUAAUCCUACCUAUUUACCCCCUUUAGAGGAUGGGAUUCUGAUAUGUGACUGACGAUAAAUUGCUCAUCCGGAGAUUUGUAAAUAUUUUGACCUGAUGCUACCAUACGAGUGGCCUCGAUAAAGGGCCAUCAGUUGGUUCA